AGGCAGAAUCACAAACAGAACAGCAAGACACAGGGACACGGAAAGGCAGGGACGGAGACGCGGAGGCACUUGAGACACUGAGACACGAGAAAGGGGAACAGAGGAUCCGAAGACGCGGAGAGAGGGACCAGUGGGCGGUUAUAACCUGAGCACGGUGCCCGAACCCAGGAGGCGGCGGCGGCAGGGAGGCAGCGCGGCCCGAGGAGUCUGCGGCUGAGCUGGGAGCGGGUCCUCCACCCACUGCUGGGGACGCGGGGAAGCGCGGCAGGUGCAGAGGCCAUGGCUACAGCAGGACCCCCCUGGAUGUGGAUGCUGGGUACCCUGAUCUCAGCCCUGAUUCUAGGUAUCACAGAGCCUAUUCUUGCAAAUAACGUUUCCUGUGACGACCCCUCCACCGCCGAGCCCUCUGGGAGCAACCGGAUCCUUGCAGCCGAGGACGGAGAGGACUCCCGGUCGGAUGACAGCAGCAGCCGCAUAGUGAAUGGGUCUGACUGCAAGAAGGACGCCCAGCCAUGGCAGGGCGCACUGCUGCUGGGCCCCAACAAGCUGUACUGCGGGGCGGUGCUGGUGAGCCCGCAGUGGCUGCUCACCGCUGCCCACUGCCGGAAGCCAGUUUUCAGAGUCCGUCUUGGUCACCAUUCCACGUCCCCUGUCUAUGAAUCUGGGCAGCAGAUGUUCCAGGGAGUCAAAUCCAUCCCCCACCCUGGCUACUCCCACCCUGGCCACUCCAACGACCUCAUGCUCAUCAAACUAAACAGAAAGGUCCGCAGCAGUAACUCGGUCAGACCCAUCAACAUCUCCUCCACCUGCCCAUCUGCCGGCACCCGGUGCCUGGUGUCUGGCUGGGGAACCACCAGCAACUUCCAACAUGACUUCCCCAAGGUCCUCCAGUGCCUGAACAUCACUGUGCUCAGUGACGAAAGGUGCAAGAAAGCCUACCCGGGACAGAUAGACCAAACCAUGUUCUGCGCCGGUGACGAGGUGGGCAGAGACUCCUGCCAGGGUGAUUCCGGGGGGCCUGUGGUCUGCAACGGUGCCCUGCAGGGGCUGGUGUCCUGGGGAGAUUACCCCUGCGCCCAGCCCAACAGACCCGGCGUCUACACCAACCUCUGCCUGUUCACCAAGUGGAUCCAGGACACCAUCAAGUCCAACUCCUGAGCCGCCCCAGGAUGGGGGCACUGCCCACCUGCUGCAGGGACCCCGAGCCCCCUUCCAAACCCUUGUCCUUCCUCAUAGCACUGACAAUGUUACCUCUCCAACCCCCACCCCCCAAACCCCCUGGGACCCAACCCCCUCCCCCAACAGGGGACGGUUCUCCCUGGGGACCAUUCCCAGAAUGACCAGGGCCAAGACUCAGUCUCCCCAGAGCCUUCGUUCUCAAGCCUGGGGUCCACUCUCUUCUGCAGCCAUGACUCAAAUUUAGUCCUGGAAAUAAAACAUCUGAGGAGAAGCGGCCUCUGCGUGCACGUGGGCAGCUGGGGAAAGCUGCUUUUCCCCCGGCUGCUGCAUUCGCUCUGUGAGGUCAUUUGCCUACCAGACACAGUCACCAAGCUGCCGCUCAUCAGUUUCACAAAUCAUCUAGUAGUUAUUUAUUUUAUUUUAUUUUUGCCAGAACUGGUGCUGGGGGCUGGACAUAGCAACAGAAAAAAUAAUAAUUCCUACCUCACAGAGCUUCCAGUAGCAGGAAUAAAGGGAUGGAUAAAUACAUACUGCAGUAAUUACCUGAGCAAUAUGAUUGAGAGCAUGGUCCGAGGGAGGAGAGGGAAUGUGGGAUCUGGGGGUCCCUGGACACCAGACAGUGGAGGAGGGCGAGAGAGGCACGUUUGGUCCCCCAAAUAUGUCCUCCUCCUAAUUUCUAGAACCUGUGAAUGAUAACCUUAUUCCACAACUUACAAGGAUCCUACUUAUGUAUUUUUUUAUUUUACAAUGGUUUAAAAGCAAUAUGCAUUUAGUAGAAAUCAUAGUUCAAAUUUUGAAUGUUUGUCCCUCCCCAGGUUAGCAGUGAUUGUCCUCAGGGUGUGAACCUUAAAUGCUCCCCAAGGCUCCCACGCUGAAGGCUUGGUCCCGCAGACCGCGCUGUUGCAGGGCUGGAACCUUUAGGAGGUGGGGCCUGGUGAAAGGCAGUUGGGGUGUGCCCUUGAAGGGGACACUGGGACUGUGCCCUCCUGUCCCUCUCCUUGCUUCCUGGUAGCUUCAAGGUGAGCAGUUUCCCCCACCGUGAUGGCAUGGCGCCAACAGAUCAUAGACGGAAACCCCCAAAACAUAAGCCACAAUAAAUUUUUCCUCUUUUUAA